AUGCCCAACAGCAGCUCCAUCAGCCAGUUCCUCCUCCUGGCGUUGGCAGACACGCGGCAGCUGCAGCUCCUGCACUUCUGGCUCUUGCUGGGCAUCUACCUGGCUGCCCUCCUGGGCAACGGCCUCAUCAGCACAGCCGUAGCCUGCCACCACCGCCUGCACACCCCCAUGUACUUCUUCCUCCUCAACCUCGCCCUCCUCGACCUGGGUUGCAUCUCCACCACUCUCCCCAAAGCCAUGGCCAAUGCCCUCUGGGACGACAGGCACAUCUCCUACUCAGGAUGUGUUGCACAGGUUUUCUUUUUACUUUUCUUUUUUUGUGUAGAGUACUGCAUUCUCACCAUCAUGUCCUAUGACCGCUACGUUGCCAUCUGCAAGCCCCUGCACUACGGGACCUUGAUGGACAGCAGAGCUUGUGCCACCAUGGCAGCAGCUGCGUGGGGCACUGGGCUUCUCUAUUCCCUGCUGCACACUGCCAACACAUUUUCACUGCCUCUCUGCCAAGGCAAUACAGUGAAACAGUUCUUUUGUGAAAUCCCCCACAUCCUCAAGCUCUCCUGCUCAAAAUCCUAUCUCAGGGAAUUUACACUUAUUGUGGUUAGUGCACUUGUGCUUUUUGGGUGUUUUGCUUUCAUUCUUUUCUCCUAUGUGCAGAUCUUCAGGGCUGUGCUGAGGAUGCCCUCUGAGCAGGGACGGCACAAAGCCUUCUCCACGUGCCUCCCUCACCUGGCUGUGGUCUCCCUGUUUCUCAGCACCGUGGUGUUUGCAUACCUGAAGCCCUUCUCCAUUUCCUCCCCAUUCCUGGAUCUGGCGGUGGCAAUUCUCUACUCAGUGGUUCCUCCAACACUGAACCCUAUUAUUUACAGCAUGAGGAACAAGGAGAUCAAGCAUGCCCUCAACAAAGUAAAAGGGAGAAAAAAAAAAAAAAAAAAAAAAGCAAAGAAGCAGGAGGGAAGGAGGAGGGGGAGAAGGGGAAGCGAAUCGUUACACAAUUACUAGGAAAGAUUUCUGGGAUUGGUUACAAAUGUUGCCCUGAUCUGUUGGACUUGUCCAUCAUCAGUUGAAGUGGUUACAAAGUACAUGGAGGAUACAACACCUUGUACAAGUUGAAUAAAACAUGGAAUCAUACAAGGUACAAACACAAGAGCUGCAACAACAUACAGUAGAGAAAAUAGGGUACGUUUGACCCAUGGGCCACCUGGAAGCCAGGAAAAGAAAUCAAAGUCUGGGCCUUUCCAGCUUUGGACAGGAACAUGGGCUAUUUUCUGCAUACCCUGGGCAAUUUAACAACUUCACCAUUGUCAUCAAUCUUAGGCAACAAUUAGAAUCAUUCAAUUUGCCACAGACAACACUCAGUGAUACCUCAGGAGUGGUGACACGAAUGUUACAUGAUGAAUAAAAGGUGGAAAGUGAAAAGAGUACAUUGGACAAUGACCACACAUUUAACAACAACCAAUAAUAAUAGAUAAAUAAGUAAAACAAAACAGAGGUAUUUGUGUCAGCUGCUUUCCCCACCCAGGAACUCCCAGUGUAAGCCAGGAUCCAGAUGGGAAUUCUUCAGUAGAGGCUGUGGUGUUUAUGAAUAGCCAUACGCUAUUACACUUCAGUUAAUUCACUAAAAGCGUAUCUAGUCUAAUUUGACAAUAUGUGGACUUGCCAUGUAAUGUUUUCUAAGAUGAUUUAGUGUCUCGAGAACUUUCCACUAGAGCAUUUCCAAAGCAAUUCAAAUGCUGAGAGGCAAGUUCAAGUAUUGUUACAGCCCACAGAACUUUUCACAGGAUGGUUGUGCAGGAUACCCCCACAGUACAAACCAUCAAAGAGGGGCAAUCCCAGGAACAUACACAUCUCUUAUUAAAACUUAGGCACUUUCCAACAACCAUGUUUUGGAUGGAACUCCUGGACUGGUGGGACACUGAAAAGCAUCAGUGCAAAGGGCUUUCUGAUAGAUUUCUUUUGUGACCACAUCUAACAGAUAUCAGAUGGGUCCCUUGGUUCAUUUCCCAGUUUGUUAGGAAUUGGGAAACACUGUGGAGGAGUUACAUGCAAAUCAUAAUCAGUUUGGUAAAAAGGGGUGAAAGAAGCAAUCAGAAGAAAUGGUAUCACUGUGCAGGGAGUACCAGUAA